AAAUCAAUAAUAGGCUGAAAUUGACCCGGCCCAACCUGUACAUCAACUCCAGUUGAGGUUAUGAAGCUCCAAAUACUAAUAGCACGAAGAACGAAAGGAAAGGGUUAAUAAAGCAGCGGAGGGGUUCUAGCUUAAGCUUAACAGUCUCACAAUUUCUGUGAUAUUGGCUGCAAAGAUGACUGGAGUUUCUGGAUAUAGGAGCCUUGCACCUAGGACCAAGAAUCUGAUAGUUGCAGGCGGAUUGUCAGCAUUUGUUUUAGGGGUUUAUUUUUACACUAUGAGAGCUGUUGGAGGUACAGAUGAGCUUCAGGUUGCUAUAGAUAAGUUUGAAGAGCAGAAAAGUAAGCCGGAAUCUUGAGGCUAGGAUGAUAUUAAGGGCUGAUCUUAUAAUGUAAGUGUAAUAAUGUAUUCUGAGACGAAUAUUAUCUUUUGAGCAAUCUGUGUUUAUCUUGGGAAUAUUACAUUUUAGUCCAUUUGAUUUUAAUUGAUAUUGACAAUGAAAAGAA